AUGAGGCACAGAGGCAUGUUGUCUGGUUUGCGGAGGAUCAACACAACUCCGAAGGCCGAUGACAAGGCCGUGCACCGCAGCAGCUCUGACGCCCAAGCCGCUGGCGCACCUUGGAGGCCCAUGGCAGGUCGCCGAUGGCAGGCCGGCUGGGGUGUGGCCGUGGCUGUUUGGGCAGUGGCGGUGCUGGUUUGCGGCCCCGCCAGGUGCCCUGGAGCUGCUGUUGGUGCCGUCGAGGGCCUGACAGGCCCAUCAGUGGGGCGGGCAGCUGGGCCUGGACGGCUCAAUGUCCAUGGCGCGGUCUCCGGCGCGUCCGGCAAAAAGCGGCGGGGCUGCGUGUGCGGUGGCGUGAAAUGGCCAUGCUUUGGGUUUCAGGGCGACAAGCGGCCCUCCUGCUGCGCCAAGUGCAAGUUGGAGGGCAUGGUUGACAUCAGACAUCGGAGAUGCAACUGUGGCAGAGCACGGCCCUAUUUCGGGAUGCCAGAGGAUACCAGGCCUCCCACUGUGCCAAGUGCAAGUUGGAGGGCAUGGUUGACAUCAUAA